CCAUGGCUACCAGCGAGCCCACGCCGGCGCAGCCCAAGGCAGAGGAGCAGCAGAACAUCGGGACACGCGUGGCCAACCUGCCCCUGGUGAGCUCUGCUUACGACAUGGUGUCCUCCGCCUACACCUGCACCAAGGAGAGCCACCCCUACGUGCGCUCCGUCUGCGAUGUGGCCGAGAAGGGCGUGAAGACGCUGACGGCGGCAGCAGUGAGCGGGGCCCAGCCCCUCCUCACCCGGCUGGAGCCCCAGAUUUCUUCUGCCAAUGAAUUUGCCUGCAAAGGGCUGGACAAGUUGGAGGAGAAGCUGCCCAUCCUGCAGCAGCCCCCCCAGAAGAUCAUCUCAGACACCAAACUGCUGGUGACCUCCACGGUGACGGGGGCCAGGGAUGUGCUGACCAGCACCAUGGCCGGGGCCAGGGAUGCAGUGUCCAGCAGGAUGGCCGGGGCUAAGGAUGCGGUGUCCAGCACCGUGGCUGGGGCCAAGGAUGCAGUGUCCAGCACCGUGGCCGGGGCUAAAGAUGCAGUGUCCAACACGGUGUGUGGGGCCAGGGAUGCAGUGUCCAACACGGUGUGUGGGGCCAGGGAUGCAGUGUCCAACACGGUGUGUGGGGCCAGGGAUGCAGUGUCCAGCACCAUGGCUGGAGCCAAGGAUGCAGUGUCCAGCACCGUGACCGGAGCCAAGGACGCAGUGGCCGAAGCCAAGGAUGCAGUGUCCUGCACCGUGACCGGGGCCAAGGACGCGGUGACCAGCAGAGUGACCGGUGUGAUGGACAUGACCAAAGGGGCCGUGCAGGGUGGCGUGGAGAUGACCAGGUCAGCGGUCAACAGCGGUGUCAGCACCGUGGGCCAGAUGGUGGCCAGCGGGGUGGACUCCGUGCUGGGCAAGUCAGAGGAGCUGGUGGACCAUUACCUGCCCAUGACAGAUGAGGAGCUGGCCAAGCUGGCCACGGCCGUGGAGGGCUUCGAGCCGGAGCAGCAGAGGCAGCAGCAGAGCUACUUCGUGCGCCUGGGCUCCCUCUCCACCAAGGUGCGGCACCGAGCGCUCCAGCACUCCCUGAGCAAACUGCAGAGCGCCCGCCAGAGCAGCCAGGACCUGCUGGCCCAGCUCCAGCGCACCCUUGACCUGGUGGAGACCCUGAAGCAGGGCGUGGACCAGAGGCUGCAGGGAGGGCAGGAGAAGCUGCAGCAGCUGUGGCUGGAGUGGAGCAAGAAGCAGCCAGAUGGUGGCAAGGACCAGGUGCCACCGGAGGCGGUGGAGUCGGGCACGGUGACCAUGCUGCAGGGCUUGAGCCAGCAGCUGCAGAGCUCCUGCCAGCCCCUGGUGUGCAGCCUGCAGGGCCUCCCCGCCACCGUGCAGGACAAGGCGGGCCAGGUCCGGCAGAACGUGGAGGAGCUGCGGGCAUCGCUGGCCUCUGUCACCUCCCUGCAGGACGUGACGGGCCCCGUGCUGGCCCGGGCCCGCGGCCACGCCACCAAAGCCCGGCAGCUGAUGGACGAGCUGGUGGAACACGUGGCCUUCAACACCCCCCUGACGUGGCUGGUGGGACCCUUCGCCCCCUCGGGCAAGCGCCCGGUAGAGCUGGAGGCGGAGUAGCGAUUCUGGGCUGCUUCCCUCCCCAAAAAGCCUCGUUAGGAGUCUUUGCUACACCCCCCCCAGUCCCCCUCACCUUGUGCCUGUCUCUGUGGGGACCCUCCUGCCUGCCCCAGCUCUGUCACUUGUCCCCUUGCUGGGGACCUGCAGUUAUGUGCCUUGGCUGCCCCAAGUGCCUGUUGAGGGUCCCCCAUGUGCUUGGUGCCUUCAGACUCCCACCCUUGUAGGGUCAGAACAGCACAAGAAGCAAUAAACUCUGGUUAGUUUUG